UUUCAGAGCUGAACCAAGCCCGGUUUCCAUUUCAAAAAGGGAGACAGCCUCUACCGUGAUUGUAGAAGAGACUGGUGUGAAUUAGGAACCGGGAGGCGUCGAGCGGAGGAACGGUUCAUCUUAGAGCCUCGAGGUGCAUACCGGACCCCCAUUCGCAUCUAACAAGAAGCCUGCGCCCCUGAGAGUCCCGGGAGCGCCGCCGGUCGGUGCCCGGCGCACCGGGCCAUGCAGCGACAGCCGCGGCGGAGCUCCGAGUGGCGAUAGCGCCCCGCUGUAAAGCGGUUCGCGAUGCCCGGGCCACAGUGAACCAGCCCGAACACGCUCCGCUCCGGACCAGCUCAGCUUUGGAUACGCUGGACUCCGCGCUCCCGCAACAAGCACCGAGGAGUCGAGGGAGCGGCAAGAGCGGGGAAGGCCUCCCCGCACGGAUCGGGGAAAUCCACCGGUGCAGCUGGGGGACACGCACUUGAGCUGGCACUGGCUGCUAGGGAUGUCGUCCUGGAUAAGGUGGCAUGGACCCGCCAUGGCGCGGCUCUGGGGUUUCUGCUGGCUGGUUGUGGGCUUCUGGAGGGCCGCUCUCGCCUGUCCCACGUCCUGCAAAUGCAGUGCCUCUCGGAUCUGGUGCAGCGACCCUUCUCCUGGCAUCGUGGCAUUUCCGAGGUUGGAGCCUAACAGUGCAGACUCUGAGAACAUCACAGAAAUUUUUAUCGCAAAUCAGAAAAGGUUAGAAAUCAUCAAUGAAGAUGAUGUUGAAGCUUACGUGGGACUGAGAAACCUGACAAUUGUGGACUCUGGAUUAAAAUUUGUGGCUCAUAAAGCAUUUCUGAAAAACAGCAACCUGCAGCACAUCAAUUUUACCCGAAAUAAACUGACGAGUUUGUCUAGGAAACACUUCCGUCACCUUGACUUGUCUGAACUGAUCCUGGUGGGCAAUCCAUUUACAUGCUCCUGUGAUGUUAUGUGGAUCAAGACUCUCCAAGAGGCCAAAUCCAGUCCAGACACUGAGGAUUUGUACUGCCUGAAUGAAAGCAGCAAGAAUAUUCCCUUGGCAAACCUGCAGAUACCCAAUUGUGGUUUGCCAUCUGCAAAUUUGGCUGCACCUAACCUCACUGUGGAGGAAGGAAAGUCUAUCACGUUAUCCUGUAGUGUGGCAGGCGAUCCGGUUCCUAAUAUGUACUGGGAUGUUGGUAAUCUGGUUUCCAAACAUAUGAAUGAAACAAGCCACACACAGGGCUCCUUAAGGAUAACUAACAUUUCAUCCGAUGACAGUGGGAAGCAAAUCUCUUGUGUGGCAGAAAAUCUUGUAGGAGAAGAUCAAGAUUCUGUCAACCUCACUGUGCAUUUUGCACCAACUAUCACAUUUCUCGAAUCUCCAACCUCAGACCACCACUGGUGCAUUCCAUUCACUGUGAAAGGCAACCCCAAACCAGCGCUUCAGUGGUUCUAUAACGGGGCAAUAUUGAAUGAGUCCAAAUACAUCUGUACUAAAAUACACGUUACCAAUCACACGGAGUACCACGGCUGCCUCCAGUUGGAUAAUCCCACUCACAUGAACAAUGGGGACUACACUCUCAUAGCCAAGAAUGAGUAUGGGAAGGAUGAGAAACAGAUUUCUGCUCACUUCAUGGGUUGGCCUGGAAUUGAUGACGGUGCAAACCCGAAUUAUCCUGAUGUAAUUUAUGAAGAUUAUGGAACUGCAGCAAAUGACGUCGGGGAUACCACGAACAGAAGUAAUGAAAUCCCUUCCACAGACGUCACUGAUAAAACCGGUCGGGAACAUCUCUCGGUCUAUGCUGUGGUGGUGAUUGCGUCUGUGGUGGGAUUUUGCCUUUUGGUGAUGCUGUUUCUGCUUAAGUUGGCAAGGCACUCCAAGUUUGGCAUGAAAGGCCCAGCUUCCGUUAUCAGCAAUGAUGAUGACUCUGCCAGCCCACUCCAUCACAUUUCCAAUGGGAGUAACACCCCAUCUUCUUCAGAAGGUGGUCCGGAUGCCGUCAUUAUUGGCAUGACCAAGAUCCCUGUCAUUGAAAAUCCCCAGUACUUUGGCAUCACCAACAGUCAGCUCAAGCCAGACACAUUUGUUCAGCACAUCAAGCGACAUAACAUUGUUCUGAAAAGGGAGCUAGGCGAAGGAGCCUUUGGAAAAGUGUUCCUAGCUGAAUGCUAUAACCUCUGUCCUGAGCAGGACAAGAUCUUGGUGGCAGUGAAGACCCUGAAGGAUGCCAGUGACAAUGCACGCAAGGACUUCCACCGUGAGGCUGAGCUGCUGACCAACCUCCAGCAUGAGCACAUUGUCAAGUUCUAUGGAGUCUGUGUGGAAGGCGACCCCCUCAUUAUGGUCUUCGAGUACAUGAAGCACGGGGACCUCAACAAAUUCCUCAGGGCACACGGCCCUGAUGCAGUGCUGAUGGCUGAGGGCAACCCGCCCACGGAGCUGACGCAGUCGCAGAUGCUGCACAUAGCCCAGCAGAUCGCAGCGGGCAUGGUCUACCUGGCAUCCCAGCACUUCGUGCACCGCGACCUGGCCACCAGGAACUGCCUGGUUGGGGAGAACUUGCUGGUGAAAAUUGGGGACUUCGGGAUGUCCCGGGACGUGUACAGCACUGACUACUACAGGGUCGGUGGCCACACGAUGCUGCCCAUUCGCUGGAUGCCUCCAGAAAGCAUCAUGUACAGGAAAUUCACGACGGAAAGUGAUGUCUGGAGCCUGGGGGUUGUGUUGUGGGAGAUCUUCACCUACGGCAAACAGCCCUGGUACCAGCUGUCAAACAAUGAGGUGAUAGAGUGCAUCACUCAGGGCCGAGUCCUGCAGCGACCCCGCACGUGCCCCCAGGAGGUGUAUGAGCUGAUGCUGGGGUGCUGGCAGCGAGAGCCCCACAUGAGGAAGAACAUCAAGGGCAUCCAUACCCUCCUUCAGAACUUGGCCAAGGCAUCUCCCGUCUACCUGGACAUUCUAGGCUAGGACCCUUUCCCCAAGACCAAUCCUUCCCAACGUACUCCUUAGACGGGCUGAGAGGAUGAACAUCUUUUAACUGCCACUGGAGGCCACCAAGCUGCUCUCCUUCAUUCUGACAACUACUAACAUCAAAGACUCCGAGAAGCUCUCGAGGGAAGCAGUGUGUACUUCUUCAUCCGUAGACACAGUAUCGACUUCUUUUUGACAUUAUCUCUUUCUCUCUUUCCAUCUCCCUUGGUUUGUUCCUUUUUCUUUUUGUUUUCUUUUCCUUUGUUUGUUUUUUUUUUUUUGGUCUUCCCUGCUUCACGAUUCUUACCCUUUCUUUUUAAUCAAUCCGGCUUCUGCAUUACUAUUAACUCUGCAUAGACAAAGGCCUUAACAAACGUAAUGUGUUAUAUCAGCAGACACUCCAGUUUGCCCACCACAACUAACAAUGCCUUGUUGUAUUCCUGCCUUUGAUGUGGAUGAAAAAAAGGGAAAACAAAUAUUUGACUUAAACUUUGUCACUUCUGCUGUACAGACAUCGAGAGUUUCUAUGGAUUCACUUCUAUUUAUUUAUUAUUAUUACUGUUUUAUUGUUUUUGGAUGGCUUAAGCCUGUGUAUAAAAAAGAAAACUUGUGUUCAAUCUGUGAAGCCUUUAUCUAUGGGAGAUUAAAACCAGAGAGAAAGAAGAUUUAUUAUGAACUGCAGUAUGGGAGGAACCAAGACAACCACUGGGAUCAGCUGGUGUCAGUCCCUACUUAGGGAAUACCCAGAAACUUUCAGCUGGGGAGAAUGUAUUCCGCACCAUCCCCUGAGGACCUCUCUGAGGAGUAAAAAGACUACUGACCUCUGUGCCAUGGAUGAUUCUUUUCCCAUCACCAGAAAUACCAACAUGCAGGAGAGAGCAAAGAUGGCUUCCGUGAGACACAAGAUGGCGCAUAGUGUGCUCGGACACAGUUUUGUCUUCGUGGGUUGUGAUGAUAGCACUGGUUUGUUUCUCAAGUGUUAUCCACAGACCCUUUGUCAACUUCAGUUGAAAAGAGGUGGAUUCACAUUCAUAGAUCAUUUCAGGGUCAGGUGGGAAAGCCAAGAACUUGGAAAUGAUAAGACAAGCUAUAAAUUCGGAGGCAAGUUUCUCUUAUAUUGAACUUUUUAGAUCUCACUUCCCUCCGACCCCUAACUUCUAUGCCCACCCGUCCUUUUAACUGUGCAAGCAAAAUUGUGCAUGGUCUUCGUCAAUUAAUACCUUGUGUGCAGACACUACCGCUCCAGACGCCGUUCCCCUGAUAGGUAGAGCAGAUCCAUAAAAGGUACGACUUAUACGAUUAGGGGAAGCUAAUGGAGUUUAUUAGCUGAGUAUCACUGUCUCUGCGUUGUACGGUGGUGAUGGGUUUAAUGAAUAUGGACCCUGAAGCCUGGAAAUCCUCAUCCACGUCGAACCCACGGGACUGUGGGAAGGGCAGAAUCAAUCCCUAAGGGAAAGGAAACCUCACCCUGAGGGUAUCACAUGCACUCACGUUCAGUGUACACAGGUCAAGUCCCUUGCUCUGGGCUCUGGUUGGGAGAGUGGUUUCAUUCCAAGUGUACUCCAUUGUCGGUAUGCUGUUUUUGUUUCCUUCACUCCAUUAAAAAAGUCAAAAUACAAAAUUUGGCACAGCAUGCCAAUGGGAGGCUGUGCCCAGACCAAGAAUUGGAAGUGUGCUUCUGGGCACAGUCAUCAGUUUUGCAAAAAGAGGGGGUAAAUUUAAAUAGAAAUUUACAGUUGUUUGAAUGGUCAGAUAUACCAAGAAAGAAGAAUAUUUCUGUUCCUCAAGAAAACUUGCUACCCUCUGUGAGGGAAAUUUUGCUAAACUUGACAUCUUUAUAACAUGAGCCAGAUUGAAAGGGAGUGAUUUUCAUUAAUCUUAGGUCACGUUAUUUCAUAUUUGUUUCUGAAGGUGCGAUAGCUCUGUUUUAGGUUUUGCUUAUGCCUGUUAAUUACUGGAACACGUUGUUUUUCACUAAAGGCUAUGAAAGCCGAUUCUCAAAAAUUCAAAAGUAUAAAUUAACAGAGGACAAAAGGAAAUCCAGUAGCAUCUGCAGUCAAGCAAGGGAGUUGACAAGAUGAACCUUACAUACAUUCAAGUUAUAUGCUGGCCUAUGAGAGAUGAGAGUUGGGUUGUUUGUUCUUUGUUGGUGAAAAAAAAACCCUCCAGAAUACACAUAAUAACAUAAUGAAAGCCAUAUCUCCAUGAUAUAUACGUGCACGUAUGUAUCAUAUUGAGGACCCAUGGUACUGUCAAAACACUGUAGAACUCUGUGAAGCAGUAAGGAAGGGGCAGAUUUGUACAAAACCUUUUCUAGAUUCCAUCAGCAAUGACCUGAAAACCAACACACGUUUGUCACUCUGCAUGUCUGGCCAGCUGCUCUCAGGGGAGAAGCUACAAGCUAUUUAUUUUAUUUUAAGAGAGCAAAAUAGGUAAUAACUUAAGGGAUCAAAUUCAAGGAGGGCUGCACAGUUUUAGAGCAAAGAUUUGUUUAAGGCAAAGAGACUUUGGGAGCAUUCCAUUCCAGUUUUGUCUUUUUUUCUCUGAAAGAAAAAAGCAAAAAAUAAAAUAAAAUUUCACUUAUACCUUCUGACAAGUCCCUACAGGUCUUGAAAUGAAAGGUUCUAUGCAAGUGCAAAGUUGUAUAGUUAUUUAUAUUGCCGAUUAUUAUUAUUAUUACUAUCUCUGUUGUCUUAAGAGUGUGUGCUGAUCUCAGAGACGUCUCCUAUUGAAAGAAUAUCAGAUUGCUUUUAAAGUAUCUGAAGGAGCCACAGAUUAUCUGAAAAUAUUCAUUGCUGUUCCUGUGCUACCUUAUUUUUCAUGGUCUGUUUUUAGAAGACAAGCAUCCUCGUCCUAAAAUGUAAUGAUCACCAAAUAUGGCCUUCCAACAAAUUUGUGGAAAACUGCAGCAGUAACAGUGACAAACCUAUUCACUAGCCCAAACCCAGUCUGACAAUCAUUUCUAUUUUGAAGUCAUUUAAUAGUUUUCCAAGCACUUUCCAUGUGUAUUAGCAAAUUAUUCCUAUUUUUUAUAGGUGAGGACAUUAAGACUUAGAGACACUCAGAGGCACACUAGAAGUCUCCAGCCUAGCUUCCAGCACCACUGGGACUGAAUCCAAGUACUCUCACUCUGAACUUCACGGUUCUGUCCAUUAGAGACUCUAAAAUACAAACAAGUAGUUCGGGAAAGAAAACAUGCUAACACAUUCACAAAACAGUAUAUGAAGUUAGAAGAACAAAAGGAAAUACAGGAGACGACAAGCAGCUGAGAUGUUGUGAUAUAUAUUCAUGCUCUUAGCUUCAGCUAAAUCCUUAUACACUGACUGAACCAAUAUCAUAAUCAGGCUUACUCAGAAAACACUUUGAACUAUGCUGUAAAAGAUUAUAUCAGAAUUCAUAUUAUACAUGUGCUCACAUCAGCGCUACCUGUGAUAUUUUCAUGUAUUUAUAUAUGUGUUAAAUGCUUGAUUUAUACAUACACAAAUGCACAUACAUAGUGCAUUUGUGUGUUUGUGUAUAAAUUUAUUGGCACACAAUAAUAGAGGUAAUUAUAAGUAGGGUGCGUGAGGUAUUAAUAAUUUGCUUAAAAUAUGCUAAAUAACCAAAACUGUUUAAUGUCAUGUUGCUGUUAGUGCUUCCAUUCUCCACGUGGGUAAGACUACAUCACACUUUUCAACUCUGUGCAGUACUGCAUGGGUGGAAGACAUAUUUAAGAUAAUGUGCUUCCCAAAACAACUGAAUAAAAGCCAUCCCACUACAUUGAGUGCUUUCUCUGGCUCCUUGCAAAGGAAGAUACGGACUGAAAUAGAUCACUUUUUGUAAAGGUCCAGGAAAGGAAUAUCACUUUCUUUUCAUCUUUCUGCACGUUUGUAUUAUGCUCACCUUGUCUUUGUCCCACUGUGACCCCUUUACACCUGAGUUCAGAGUUCAAGCAUUCCAAAUAUAAAUUGGAAUGUUGGCAGCCCAGUGUCUUGAAGGUCAAUGGCAAGUGGUCCAAGACCCCACAGCGAGAUAAGCAACUCUUAGAAAUUCCCGCAUCUGAGAGUGAACGCACCAACUAGCAGUAUAGAAUGCUGUCCUUUUCAAAGCAUCCCGACAGCAGGAUUACCUGGUCAAGAAUGAACUUUCUUUGAAUCUUUCUUUUCCCAAAAUGGACAGCCUGUAAUACCAAUAACAUUGUUGUAUCUGACUAAAUAAAUGACUGCAUAUAUACACACAUACCCUCAAUUCCCUUGCUUCCCCUUUUUCUUUUUCCUCCCCUGUCUCAGGACUUUUAUUUUCAAUGUUGACCUUUGGUUUGGCCAUAUAUCACUGUUACAGGAAAUCCCGUGAGAGGAAUGGCUAGUGACCCAACUCUCCAAAUGUCUAAGUUAGCAGUUACAGCUGAUUUUUUAUGAUGCAUAAUUGGAAUAUGGAACCUCUGAGGUUGUGAUAGCUUGUACACGAAUUUCAAACGUUACUGUAAAGAAUGAGGGGUGGGAGGCAUUUAUAGUUAGAAACGACAGUGCAGGAAGGGGUAUUUUCUUGUUGUCAGAGCUGGAAUGAAUCACUGCUGCUCAAGUCAAAGGUUCUUGAAUAUCCUUAGUUUUUGCAUUUCCCUUUCUGUCCCUUUGACCUUUAUUUAUUUAAUUAUGUAUUUAUUUAUUUAUAUACUUUUGCUCCAUUCAUCACAAACACAAAGCAAAGCAAAAAAAAACAUAUAUAUAUAUAAAUAUAUAUCUUUAUAUGUGUUGUUGGCAAAACACUGUGAUUUUCACAACCACCGCCAAGCAACUACUUUGCCAUCUUAACAUACGUCUCAGGAGACGAAAUGAGAAAGAUGGGGAUGUCAUUUUUUAGUCUAUGCGUUUGAGGCCAGGUCCAUGUUUAUUUUAUUUCUUUAGUCUAUGCAUUAAUGAAAAUGAUCCCGAGUGGAGGUUAGCUGAAUGUUCAAUGUACUGGAGCAAGCAUCAUAAAAGCUGCUAGUAGCCAUGUGUUUGAACAGGGAAAAAAAGUUAGACAAAAUGAAAUGUAAAGGCCUAUAUCUUGCAGCUUGUAUAUCUUACUAUUGCUUAAACAUGUAUAAAACAGCUGGAAAUGUUUUAAAUACAAGGUCUUUGAACUAAAUGUGGAUUUUAAAUAUGUAAUCCCUUGACAAAUGACCAAAUUAUGGUGAACUAUUGCUCCCUGCAUUCUUUGAUCAUUACCUAUGACUUACAAAUCUGCCUGGAGAUGUGGACAUUCUGCAUUUGCUUCUGUAUCUGGAGAGAUGUUUGUAUAUAUCCAGGCUAUAUACACACAUAUUUCAAUAUCUCUCUGCAGGUAUAUUUCCCCUUCAAUUGUGACCUGGUAUUUGGAACUCUCCUUUUCAUUUGGUUUAUCUUCCUUUUAAUGUGAUGUCUCUGUGCUAAUACUUACCAGUUCUUGUUUUGCAAUCUGUUUUGAAGUCCAUUGCUUUACUAAGACCCACUGCAUCUUGGCUGAUUUCAAAGUGACACCUGAAUACAGUGUUUAAAAAAAAAAGUUUUGUUUGUAAAUCAUGUGACCAGCUUCUCUCAACCUGACAUGGAAAGUCUCUUGUACUACAGUGUAUUUAAUAAAAAUGAUGUCUUACAAUAAAUAACAUACUCCUAAAGAGAGACUAAAAAUGA